CAGAGAAGUUGAGUGACUUUAUUUGUUUGAAUAUUAAGAAAAAUGGGUGAUGAUGCUUUUUAUAAAUUCUAGUAGAAAGCAGAGCCUCUAUACUUGUUUUGUCCCGCGAUCAUGUUUGUUUCAUGUAUGCUUAUUCAAUUUUUUUCCCCCCAAUGAACUUAGAAGAGUACAAACGAUGGCUGACAAUAGUGUACUAACAUCCACUUCUGGGAGGACAAGCUUGGCAGACUCUUCCAUUUUUGAUUCUAAAGUAACUGAAACUUCUAAGGAAAACUUAUUUAUUGGACCUGCUUCGUAUGUUGAAGAAGAAAUGCCUCAGGUUGAAACAAGAGUGAUAUUGGUUCAAGAAGCUGGAAAACAAGAAGAACUUAUAAAAGCCUUAAAGACUAUUAAAAUAAUGGAUGUCCCUGUUAUAAAGAUAAAAGAAAGUUGCCCUGGAAAAUCGGAUGAAAAAUUAAUAAAAAGUGUUGUUAAUAUGGAAAUUAAAGUGCCCUUUGUAAAGAUGGAAUCAGUGGAAGAAUAUGAAAGUUUGGAUUCUCCAGAAUUUGAAAAUGUAUUCAUAGUCAUGGACUUCCAGGAUCCUGUCUUUACUGAGUUAUAUAAGACUGAUUGUAGAGUUAUUGGACCACCAGUUGUAUUAAACUGUGCGCAAAAAGGAGAGCCUUUGCCAUUUUCAUGUCGUCCACUCUAUUGUACAAGCAUGAUGAAUCUAGUACUGUGCUUUACUGGAUUCAGGAAGAAAGAAGAACUAGUCAGAUUGGUGACAUUGGUCCAUCACAUGGGUGGCAUUAUUCGAAAAGACUUUAAUUCCAAAGUUACACAUUUGGUGGCAAAUUGUACACAAGGAGAAAAAUUCAGGAUUGCUGUGAGCCUAGGCACUCCAAUUAUGAAGCCAGAAUGGAUUUAUAAAGCUUGGGAAAGGCGGAAUGAACAGGAUUUCUGUGCAUCAGCUGAUGACUUUAGAAAUGAAUUUAAAGUUCCUCCAUUUCAAGAUUGCAUUUUAAGUUUCCUGGGAUUUUCAGAUGAAGAGAAAACCAAUAUGGAAGAAAUGACUGAAAUGCAAGGGGGUAGCUAUUUACCAGUUGGAGAUGAAAGGUGCACUCACCUUAUAGUUGAAGAGAAUAUAGUAAAAGAACUUCCAUUUGAACCUUCAAAGAAACUUUAUGUUGUUAAGCAAGAGUGGUUCUGGGGAAGCAUUCAAAUGGAUGCCCGAGCUGGAGAAACUAUGUAUUUAUAUGAAAAGGCUAAUACACCUGAGCUCAAGAAAUCAGUGUCACUGCUUUCUCUAAGUACUCCAAACAGCAACCGCAAAAGACGACGUUUAAAAGAGACACUUGCUCAGCUUUCAAGAGAGACAGACCUGUCACCUUUCCCUCCUAGUAAGCGCCCAUCAGCUGAACAUUCCCUUUCUAUAGGGUCACUUCUAGAUAUCUCCAACACACCAGAGUCUAGCAUUAACUAUGGAGAAACACCAAAGUCUUGUACUAAGUCUUCUAAAAAUUCUACUCCAGUUCCUUCAAAGCAGUCAGCCAGGUGGCAAGUUGCAAAAGAGCUCUAUCAGACUGAAAGUAAUUAUGUAAAUAUAUUGGCCACAAUUAUUCAGUUAUUUCAGGUACCAUUGGAAGAAGAAGGACAGCGUGGUGGGCCUAUCCUUGCACCGGAAGAGAUUAAGACUAUUUUUGGUAGUAUCCCAGAUAUAUUUGAUGUGCACACUAAGAUAAAGGAUGAUCUUGAAGACCUUAUUGUUAAUUGGGAUGAGAGCAAAAGCAUUGGUGACAUCUUUCUUAAAUAUUCAAAAGAUUUGGUAAAAACCUACCCUCCCUUUGUAAACUUCUUUGAAAUGAGCAAGGAAACAAUUAUUAAGUGUGAAAAACAGAAACCAAGAUUUCAUGCUUUUCUGAAGAUAAAUCAAGCUAAACCAGAAUGUGGACGGCAAAGCCUAGUUGAACUUCUCAUCCGACCAGUACAGAGGUUACCCAGUGUUGCAUUGCUUUUGAAUGAUCUUAAGAAGCAUACAGCAGAAGAAAAUCCUGACAAAAACACUCUAGAAAAAGCUAUUGGAUCACUGAAGGAAGUAAUGACGCAUAUUAAUGAGGAUAAGAGGAAAACUGAAGCUCAAAAGCAAAUUUUUGAUGUUGUUUAUGAAGUAGAUGGAUGCCCAGCUAAUCUUUUAUCUUCUCACCGAAGCUUAGUCCAACGAGUGGAAACAAUUUCCCUAGGCGAGCACCCCUGCGACAGAGGAGAGCAAGUAACCCUCUUUCUCUUCAGUGACUGCCUGGAGAUAGCAAGAAAACGCCACAAAGUUAUUGGCACUUUUAGGAGUCCUCAUGGCCAUACCCGACCCCCAGCUUCUCUUAAGCAUAUUCAUUUAAUGCCUCUUUCUCAAAUUAAGAAGGUGCUGGACAUAAGAGAGACAGAAGAUUGCCAUAAUGCUUUUGCCCUGCUUGUGAGGCCACCGACAGAGCAGGCAAAUGUGCUGCUCAGUUUCCAGAUGACAUCAGAGGAACUUCCAAAAGAAAACUGGCUCAAGAUGCUAUGUCGACAUGUAGCCAACACCAUUUGUAAAGCAGAUGCUGAAAAUCUUAUUUACACAGCUGAUCCAGAAACCUUUGAAGUAAAUACAAAAGACAUGGACAGUACUUUGAGUAGAGCAUCUAGAGCAAUAAAAAAGACUUCAAAAAAGGUUACAAGAGCAUUCUCUUUCUCCAAAACUCCAAAAAGAGCUCUACGAAGGGCUCUUAUGACAUCCCAAAGUUCUGGGGAGGGAAGAAGUCCUCUUAGCAGUGAUAAGCAUGUAAUGAGUCGCCUGUCAAGCACAUCGUCAUUAGCAGGUAUCCCAUCUCCCUCCCUUGUCAGCCUUCCUUCCUUCUUUGAAAGGAGAAGUCAUACUUUAAGUAGAUCUACAACUCAUUUGAUAUGAAGUUUAAAAAAUCUGUAUAGAAACUUAGCACCUCAUACUCAAAUAAGAAACUGACUUAAAUAAAUGGUACUUGUCAUUAGCACUUGGUGAAAGCUGGAAAGAAGAUGGAUAACACUAAACUAUGCCAUUUGAUUUUCUUUUUGAAAGAGUAAGGUUAACCUCAUACAUUUUUUAAGUUAAUUUAUUAAAAAAUUAUAUUGAUUUUGAUGCAAUUUUUCUCUUUGCUCGAAACCUUCAAUUAAAGACCAAUAUCUUGUUAUUCAUGAUACCAGUAGCUUUGCAACCUGAUACAUACAGUGAAUAAAUUUUAUUGGUGGAUGCCAAACAUUGCUGUUGGUUUCUUUGUAGAGUGUCCAUGAAUGAAUUUUGGAAAUGCAUAUUUGUGUAUCUCAAUUUGUGCAGAAAUUAAGUGAUAUCACAGUACUUAACUACAUAAAACCUUGCAUAGAUACCUGAUUAAAUACUGGGGUCUUGUUUCACAUGUGCUGUUUGAAGUAAUUAUUUAACGGCUCCUUUUGCAGUUUAUUCUCAAGUGUCUUUAAGAUCUAGUGUGGGGAUUUAAAAUGAUUUGCCCUUAUUACAAAGAAUAACAGCACAAGGAGGUUGUUUCAAAAUACUUUUGAAAAUUGAGAUAAGGACAGAAAGAUUAAGAAAUAAUGUAUAGUUUGGACUAACAUGAUAUUGCUGUAUACUUGUAGCUGUUUCAGAGACUAUAUUUAUGGUGAUUUUUAGCCACUAGCAAAUCUUGCUUUAGUUUGAUAGUGUGUGGAAUGUUAUUUUGAAGGAUGACCAUGGGGAAAUUGCGGUAAAGAUUGUUUAUACUCUUUAUGAAAUAACUCUAAAGUUGGCAUCAGUUUUACUAAUCUGCUGUAAAAUAUUAAAUAGAUAUGUUUAUAGUCAAAUUUUUAUUGUGGUCUCAUUAAAUGUAAAAUUGAAA